GGGAAUGCGAGCGAAAUCAAAAAAAAUUGUCAUCUUGAUCACUGAUGGAGACUCCCAGGAUGAGACACUUCUCCCCUCGCAGAACCUGAAGGACACAGGAUUUGAGGUCUACACUAUCGGUGUGGGUGAAGUAAACAUCUUGGAGCUGAGAUCCAUUGCAUCAGAUCCCGCAGAAAGUCACAUGUACUUAACUACGGAGGCUUUGCUCCUGGACGUCGUCAACGACCUCACCAGCAACAUCUGUACCAGCCUUAAAAGCUUAGUGUCUGUCCGGCUGGUGAAUGGGACGAGUCUGUGUUCAGGCAGACUGGAGGUGAAGUCGAACCAGUCUAACCAGUCAAACCAGUUGUGGUCCUCUGUGUGUGAAGCUGACUUUGACCAGCAGGAUGCAGAGGUGGUUUGUCGGGAGCUCGGCUGUGGGGCUCCUGCAGUCCACCAGGAGGCGCUCUUUGAAUAUGUGCAUGUUCAAAUGUGGACCAAAGAGUUCCAGUGUUCAGGACACGAGCCUGCUCUCCGUGCCUGUACAACCUCAGACUCAGAAACAUUCAGCUGCUCCCCUGGAAAAGCUGUUGGACUCACCUGUGCAGAUCCUGUCAGGUUGGUGGGAGGAUCCAGGCGCUGUGCAGGAACACUGGAGGUGAAACAUGGAGACUACAGACCAGUGGGUGGCUCUGACUGGACUCUGACGUCAGCAGAUGUGGCCUGCAGAGACUUGGACUGUGGCUCUGCUGUGUCAACAGAAAUAAUUAAUGAGUCCUCCCACAAAUCUACAUGGAAGAUCAUUCCUGACUGUAUUCAGGCCGGGUUUAAUGCGAGGGAGUGUGUGAGGUCAAGUUCCUCCUCCUCUAUUGUGGAGCUCACCUGCUCUGAGCCUGUCAGGUUGGUGGGAGGAUCCGGUCGCUGUUCAGGAGCACUGGAGGUGAGACGAGGACACUGGAGACCAGUAGAUGGCUCUGACUGGACCCUGAAGGAAGCAGCUGUCGUCUGCAGAGACUUGGACUGUGGCUCUGCUGUUUCAACUGCAGUAAGAAAUGAGUCCGUCUGCAAAUCUGCAUGGAAGAUCAGACCUGACUGUAUUCAAGCUGGAUAUACCCCGAGGAAGUGUGCAACAUCCGGAUCUUCUUCUUCCAUCCUGGAGAUCACCUGCUCAGAGUCUGUCCGGCUGGUGAACGGGACGAGUCUGUGUUCAGGCAGACUGGAGGUGAAGUCUAACCAGUCUGACCAGUCAAACCAGUUGUGGUCCUCUGUGUGUGAAGCUGACUUUGACCA